AUGAAAAAAAAGAAUACAUUUAUCGAUAUAAUCACGGCAGUCGAAUAUCUUAUACUUUCGGGAUAUUCAUCAAAGUCGAGAAUGACUGCUAUUGGGACAAGCGCAGGAGGCCUAGCGUUAGGAUCAGUAUUAAACGCACGUCCAGAUCUAUUUCGAGCCGUUGUUCUACGCGUACCUUUUCUGGACCCAUUAUCAAGCAUGCUAAAUCCUUCCAUUCCCCUCACUCGCCUGGAAUAUGAUGAAUGGGGAAAUCCGAAAGAGAGCGAGGCAGCCUAUAGAUACAUCGAAAGCUACGCGCCAUACGACAACAUCCCUACUAAUCUCGCAACGCUCAAUGAAUCCAUAAGCACUGGAAACGAACAGAACAUUACACACCCGGCUCCUUCCAUUCUAGUAACAGCUGGAAUGAGAGAUCAGCGAGUAGCGUAUUGGCAGCCUCUUAAAUGGGUAGCACGCAUGAGAAAUCGAUUAUCCGAUUUAUAUUGCACACAAGGAGAUCAUGCGGGCGUGUUGCUAAUGAAAAUAAACAAGGAUAGGGAUCACUUUGGUCGUAAUGACCAACUGGGUGAAAUCGAAGAGCUAGCAUUUGAACUAGCGUUUGUUCUUACGCAAAUUGAAAAAUAA